AUGGAUAGCUUUCAGUCCUGUCAAUCUACGGCACAUACGCGGACGCUUUUCGAUGCUGUAGCAGCCAGACUUCCCUCUCGUCUGAAGCUUGCAUCCCAGCUCACCUCUGCGUAUGCUGAUGCACCCGUUCACAGUAUGACUGUUUCGAACGUCAUGGGUGGAAUGCGUGGGCUACCCUGCAUACUCUGGGAGGUCUCUGGCACCGACAAGGAUGGGAUCACUUAUCACGGUCGCACCCUCAGCGAACUGCAGGGCCUUCUCCCAUCGUGGAACGGAUCGAGCCAAGUUUCCCCAGAGGCGAUGCUGUGGUAUCUCUAUACCGCGUCAGUGCCGACACGCGCGGAGCUGGAAGCAUUUUCCGCAGACCUUCUGCGCCGGUCCACACUUCCUGCAGAGGUUGAGGAAUUCUGCGACCGUAUCUCCUCCGAUAUCUCGAGCAUCGCACAAAUGAUUAUGUGUCUGUCCGUCCUCGCUCCCUCGUCUAAAUUCACCGCGGCGCUCGCGCAAGGUGUGCCAAAGAUGCAGCUUUGGCGGUACGCUCUCGAGGACGCGCUCGACAGCACUGCCCGAGUGCCCAUGAUUGCCGCGCGCAUCUACAUCAACAAGUAUAGAGAGGGGAAGCAUCCCGAUGCGCUGUUGGACCCUCGGGUUGACUUAGCAGAGAAUUUUACCAGAUUGAUUGGCCGAGUCGGUGACGCCGACUUCACCGAGCUGAUUAGACUAUACUGGGGACUGCACAUGGACCACGGUGCGAACGUUUCUGCACACACAAUGCGCCUGAGCGGCUCCGCAUGGAGCGAUCCCUACCUCACGCUUGCCUCCGGCCUGAUUUCCGGAACAGGGAUUUUGCAUGCAGGAGCUAUUAUUCAGGCCCUGCGCUAUAAUCAAGGGAUGCUCUCUGCAUUGGGGACCGAGCCCUCCGAUGAAGCUAUCGAGGAGUAUGUCACCAAGACGAUUGCAAACGGUUGUGUGGUGCCGGGUUAUGGCCAUGCAUUGCUGCGCACUGCCGAUCCCCGUUUGGAGCCCAUUGUACACUUCCUCAAUUGUCGCCCGCCUCAGGAGGACAAUGAGGGGGCUGCCAUGCUGAGGCUCAUCCGCCUCACGACUGCGAUUGUGCCGGACGUGUUGCGGAAGCAUAUACCGCGCAUGAAGAGCCACGCGCCGAACGUGGAUUCGUUGAGCGGGUGCCUCAUGUACGCUCAGGGCCUCGACGUCGAUUUCAUUCUCCUUGUCAUGGCUUGUAGCCGCGGCAUGGGAUUCAUGGCGCAGUACGUUUGGGACAGAGCGCUCGGGCUUCCGAUUGAGCGUCCAUUGAGCAUCACAAUGGAUCAGCUCAUGGCACAGUUGUAG